CAAAAACAGGGAAGAGGUGCCGAUGAAGACGAGUUUGAUCCGAGGACAAGUUGAUCCCCAAGACCGAAGAUGAGUUUGAUGCCGAGGACAUCAAAAAGGUCGAGAACUAUGCAAAGGAAAUAAACAUGCUUUAUUGUGCCGUAAAUCCUGAUGACUACCGCAAGAUCUUUUGCUGCUCAACCGCCAAGGAGAUGUGGGAUAAACUUGAGGUGACGUACGAAGGAACGGACCAAGUACGUGAAGCCAAUAUUGACUUCCUCACCCAAGAAUAUGAGUUGUUCACGAUGAAGGAGCACGAGAAGAUUGACGACAUGUUCGACCGAUUUUCCAAGAUAGUCAACGAUCUUCAUGCAUUGAAGAAGACUUACACCGACAGGGAUCUUGUACGAAAGAUCCUACGGAGCUUGACAUCCGAAUGGCGAUCUAAGGCCGAUGCCAUCUAUGAGUCAAUUGGCACAUCAAAUGUCACCAUCGACGGUUUAAGAGGUAACUUAAAAACUUAUGAAUCUACUAUACUUAACCCGUCUUUGAAUGACCAAAGGAAAGGCAUAGCAUUAAAAGCCUUCAAAGAACCAACGAUGAAUGACUCAAGCGACGAUGAUGAAGUCAAGCUUGUCAUGAAAAAGUUUUGCGAGCUUCUAAGGAAGAAAGAAAAGGUUAAGGAUGGCCCUGUGUGCUAUGGAUGUGGUGAAGCCAGGCACAUCAAGAACAAAUGCCCAAGAAGCGGAAGGAAUGCUCGUCACUUCAAAAAGCAAAGAGCAUACAUCUCUUGGGGUGGCGACUCUGGCAAUGAGUCAAGCGAGAAAGACGAAGACGAAGAAGCAAACCUUUGUCUCAUAGCUCAAGAAGAAAAGGAGUCCGACAACGGCGAAAACCAAGAG